AUGCAAUUGACUGGAUUUAAAGUUGUGCUUUUGCACAUGCUCGCUGCUACUUCCAAUUCUAUGUUUAUACCUGACCAGCAACAGCUUGUUGGGGCCGAAGAUACAAUUGAACUGCGAAAUCUCACUACCGUGACACAUCCUGGAAUAACGUCUAGGCCAGAGGAAAAGUUGAUCCAUGAAACACAUAUGCCGAUAAAUAGGUUAACACAUACCCUAAGCUAUACUAGUUCAACUACCUCCGCAUCUUCGAUAGCUUCGUCGCUGUCAAAGAGCAAGGGGGUGGCAAUGCGCUACGAAAUAAGUACAGCUCUAACUGCUUUCGGAGUGGCGAUGUGGAUCCUUUGA